AUGGCGCAGACCAUUGCCAGAUGCCUUUCCGCAAAGCUGAUCCCUACCUCCCUUCCCUUAACAAGCUUCGCUUACACAUCUUCCCCUUACAACUUUUGACAACUCAUUUAUUGAUUAUUUAUUUAUUUAUUUAUUUUCUCGGUUUGUUUCCACUACGCGCGCGGUGUCACCACCGAACCAUUUCAUUCAUUCGUUGACUUGCGCACUUCCAUUCCCGUUCCAUGCCUCCUCCUAGUCCGCCUCGCCUGAUCCUCGACCUCUGUUUGUUUGUUUUUAUUUUAUUUUAUAUUGGACCAGAUAAUCGUAUCUACUUUACUUAUUUUUCCCACUCUCCCGGAAGUUGAUCGAGGCUGGUGAGGAAUUUCAGGGACUCACCCACCUGCCGCUGUAGCGCUUUCAAUCCCGUCGUGUCGUCGCUCAAUCAGACUAUCGAUCUCCAGAGACAGGGAAGGAGCUAGCGUCUAAGAGAGGGAGAGAGGGAGGGAGAGAGAGAGUGAGCGCGCGACGGACGAGCGGGUGUUUUUGUUAAUUUGGUGGUCUUUGUAUUGCAAGAGAGUGAGAAUCUUGGCUUCCGGCAGGCUUCUCUGGUGCAGUGGAUGUUGGUAAAGGCAGAGCUGCUUCUCUGCUCUUUGUCAUGGGCUUGUCGCUUAGAAUACUUUCGGCUUUUCUGUAGACUUUCUGUACGAGACGUGGUUUGGUGCGUGUCAGAAGCGUAGUGAGUGGUUUCGUGUCUCGAGGGUCUUCAAGAAAGCGCGGAUACGGACUCAGCGCGCGUGCGAGAGAGAGAGAGAGAGAGAGAGAGAGAGGAUUCGCCUAGGCGUUGUGACUCCAUUUAGAAGAGCGUCGUUUCGAUCUGAUCCGUCUCUUCUCAACGGAGCGCUUAGAAGGCUGGUGAUCACUGUAGAUUACUCCAAAAGCAUGCAUCCAAUGCUCCGUAGGGUUAUGUUGGUUGAUGGUAAUCAUUCUCACACUUCCAUACUUCAUUCGCCGAAGAAUAGAUCUGUGGAGGCGGUGAAUACCGACGUCGCAUUGUUCAUCACGAGUUGACGAAGAGUGACUCACCAAGUUAAUGUUCAUGAAGCUGGUCUUGAACUCGGAAUAUUAUGGCGGGUGGCAGUUUUGAUUGAGUUAUUUACGCAGAGUACCGAGCAGGCUAUCUUCUGGACGCGCUAAUCCAUAAUUUUUUUUCAAGUGUGCGUGCGGCGACGUCAUAGCUUUCGGAACUGGCGAUCUUCGUGAUUGGUCCUGCCCAACGCUAGCCUUCUGGUUUACCAAGUACGUCGGAGCGCGUUAAUUGAAAGCUGACCUGGUUGCCCGACUUCAAACUUCUAGACAAGCAGAUCACGGUAGGCAAUAUCUGCAGCGAUCCCGGAAGUAAGCGAUGACGCUGAGGGAGUUGAUGAGCGCCAUUGAUUGGGUGGCGUUGCGGCUGUUGAAGUUCGCCUUGAACGCUGUACUUGGAAACUCUUAAUGAUUCUCCUGGAACGCGGAGGCUUGCUAGGCCCGGCAGUUGUGCAGUUGAUGUCCUUAUCGCCUGCGUUUGUCUCCGAGGAGCGUUCGUUGAAUUGAGGGCUCUCUUCAGGGCGUUUCAUGGGAUUACUUCUGGAUUAGCUGAUCAAGGGACUGUUUGACCCAGAAGAUGCCAGGAAUGAUCAAGGGGGAGACCUCUAAUUCUAUUUCCCACUCCCCGUCGCUCUCAGUCUCCACCACGUCAUUCUCCUCGCUCUCGCAUGUGUCUGGUCACCAGUCCUCACCGUCAACCGCGAGCACCCCGGCUCAGCUCACAUGGCUCCAGGACCUUCGGUCGGAGGAGAGAGGCUUGUAUCUCAUCCAUCUCCUCCUGGCGUGCGCGCAUGCAGUCGCCAACAACAACAUGGAGUACACGAAUGCGUACCUUGAGCAAAUCUCGGUGUUGGCUAGCCUGACAGGCGAUCCCAUGCAGCGCGUGGCUACUUACUUCAUGGAGGGGCUGGCAGCUCGGAUCACCAAGUCCUGGCCUGGCCUAUACAAAGCGCUUCAUUCUACUCACCUUCCCUCUGUAAUGGACAUCAUCUCGGCCCGGCAGGUGUUUUUUAGCGUCUGUCCCUACGUCAAGUUUGCCUUCCUGAUGGGCAAUCAGGCCAUUCUGGAUGCCAUGGAGGGGGAGAAAGUGGUGCACAUUGUGGAUCUGGAGGCCUCGGAUCCCGUGCAAUGGCUUGCUCUGCUAGAAGAGCUCAGCGUUCGGAAAGAGGGUCCUCCUCACUUACGCAUCACAGGAGUGAGCUUGAAGAAAGAUGUGCUCGAACAGACCGGUCAGCGGCUCUCGGAGGAAGCUGAGAAACUGGAUAUCCCCUUCCAGUUCCAUCCGUUGGUUGCAAGCCUUGAGAAGUUGGACGUGGACUCCUUGAAAGUGAAGAGUGGAGAAGCCGUGGCCAUCAGCUCUAUGAUGAGAUUGCACCCACUUCUUGCGAAAGAAACCGAUGCCGUUCUUAGAACAGAAAACGAUAACCAUAAUCAUCCUGUUAUUCGCCACCUUAGAUCGUCAAGUGGUGGCUACGAAAGGAUCACCUAUGUGAGCAGAGAUGAGGCAAUCAACACAGCUGGCGAAGUUGGAUCGGACCGAGGACUGAAACGCUCCCGGGAAAUGUACGAAGCAGCUCCCGAGGUGGGAGCUGAAACCCUGAAAAAUCAUGUGGAUGCAUCCGAAGCUGGAGUUCGGCAACAAUUACCACGCAGUAUGUCACUAUCAGAUGGCAAUGGCACCAACGUAGAGUCGAGAGGUAAGCCCUCAAUGGUGCAUCUCCCCAGAGAUGAGUCCUCAUGCUCAGAGUCAGGGUUCGGCUCUGGCGUCGUGCAAAGAAUCUUACAAAAGCUGCAAUGCCUGUCACCCAAAGUGAUGGUGCUCGUGGAGCAGGAUUCCAAUCACAACAGCGGAUCCAUGCCGGAGCGCUUCGUGGAAGCUUUGCAUUACUACUCUGCCGUGUUCGACUCGCUAAACUUGACUCUUCCGCAGCAUUGUCUGGAGAGGGUGACUUUGGAGAAGUUCCUCCUUGGGCAGGAGAUCAAGAAUAUCGUGGCGUGCGAAGGAGCAGAGAGGGUGGAGCGGCAUGAAAAAAUAGACAGAUGGAGAAUGCGGAUGCGAUCUGCGGGGUUUGUGUCGAGACCUUUGAGCUCCACUGCAGCCCUGCAAGCUAAACGGCUUCUGCAUGGUUACCCCUGCGAUGGGUACCGUGUCAAGGAUGACCAGGGUUGUCUCACCCUCUGCUGGCAAGAUACAACUCUUUACACAGCAUCCGCAUGGACGGUUUGAGAUCAUCGUAGCCAGGCUAGGUCCGCAUCUCCUGAAUUCUCAUCAAUCAAUCAAUUCACUAGUGUUUUAGCGACACUCAAAUCACCCUCGUCUUCACCAGCUGGGAUGUGCAUGCAUUGCUUGCAGCUGUUGAUUGAUCUCUGUUGGCAGCCUUCAACAAACACAGCAAGUAAUGUUCUACUGAUCAGGGGUCGGUGAAGAGAGGUAUAGCGCUCGAUUCGAGUAAAUUGAUUAUUUUUCUGGUGACGUUUACAGGAUGAUUCAGUGAUCUAGUCAAGGAUUGACAUGUAGGUGGUUAUUACGGCUGCCACUUAAAUCAGGAAGCAAGUCAGGGCGCUGUUCGCAAGGCCGACUUACCCCACAUUUUGCAAACAAUCGUACCAGUUGAACUCUGCAUAAGAACAAGGUCGGAGGUUAAACGGCGGGGGUUAUUCAUUCUUGUUGAUUGGUUGUGUUGGCCGUCGCCGGUAGUCGUGGUCGAUGGUUGAGGUAGGAUUUGAGGCUGGCUGGAAAGAUGGGAGGAGGUAUGUAAGGCAGAGUAAGUGAAAGUCAGGACCUCGGUACACUGUAAUUAAGAAAAAACAUUCAUGAACAUUUUGAACUGAAUCCGGUCACAGUGAUUCACUAUUUUUUUUGAA